GUGCCAAAUGAGCCGCUCGACCUGGCAGCUUUCCAGCAUCUCGUUCUGGGAGGAUCACGGAUGAGCGGCGACAGCCAGAUAUACUGAACAAUUUCCUCCACCAUGGCCGCCACCAUGGACCUUCACGAAUACGAUGCCUAUAUCUCGCAAAUGAGAGAGGCGGAGUAUCCUAUGCUAAAAGGCUCACUAUACUUGGAUCAUGCUGGAACCACUCUUUACAGCAAAACUCUGAUGGACCGGUUUCAUGCAGACAUGAUGGCCAAUCUUUACGGCAAUCCUCAUUCUGGGGCUCCAUCAAGUCAACGAUCUACAGCGGAGAUCGAAGCUGUUCGUAUUCAGGCUUUGGAAUACUUCGGUGCCGACCCAGACGACUUCGAUCUGGUCUUCACGGCGAACACGACUGCAGCUAUCAAGCUAAUCAUGGAGGCUUUCCGACAGCAAAGGCAUGGAUUCUGGUAUGGCUACCAUGUCGAUUCACAUACAAGCCUUAUUGGCGUACGGGAGUCUGCGAAAGAUCAACGGUGCUUCGAAUCGGAUUUGGAAGUGGAGAAGUGGAUUCAUAAUGAGUCUGAGAUGGACGAAGCUGCACUGCCGAGACUAUUCGGGUAUCCGGCGCAGUCCAACAUGAAUGGUCGUCGUCUACCUUUAGACUGGGACGCCAAAAGUCGCUCAGGUUCCAGACGCCGCAAAGUAUACACACUAUGCGAUGCAGCCGCAUACGCUGCCACCACGCCACUCCGCCUGAACGAGCUCGAAAGGGCGCCCGACUUUACAGUGUUGAGCUUUUCGAAGAUUUUCGGCUUCCCAGACUUGGGUGCUUUGAUCGUUCGAAAGGAUGUCGCUCACCUGUUCUCGGGUCGACGUUAUUUCGGCGGAGGCACUGUGGACAUGGUCGUUUGUGUCAAGGAGCAAUGGCAUGCCAUGAAAUCAGGCUCGCUACAUGAGCAGCUCGAGGACGGGACAUUGCCAGUCCACAGCAUCAUUGCGCUCAAAUCUGCCAUGUCGACACUCAAGGCACUGUUUCGCUCGCUUGACCAUAUCGCUGAGCAUACGUUGGCUUUGGCGUUACAGCUUCACCAAGACUUGAAAUCGCUGCAACAUGCAAACGGCACGACCGCAUGCGAGAUCUAUCGAGGCGAUGGGUCCACGUACGAAAAUGCCGCCACCCAAGGACCUACAAUAGCUUUCAACAUCCGCAAUAGUCAAGGUCAAUAUGUUAGCAACGCUGAAAUUGAGAAACUUGCUGCGAUCAAGAACAUUCAUCUACGAACUGGCGGACUAUGCAAUCCAGGAGGAGUCGUGAAACAUCUGAAGCUGGACCCAUGGGAAAUGCGUGAGAAUUUCUCGGCUGGUUUCCGAUGCGGCAGCGAGAACGACAUUCUCAAUGGCAAACCGACUGGCAUGCUUCGUGUCAGCUUCGGAGCGAUGAGCACGCGCGCUGAUGCGACACGAUUUGCAGAUUUCGUCAAGGAGUUCUUCAUCGAGCGCGGUCUUCCCAGCUCAAGUCCAUCCUCGCCGCUCAUGAUUGAUGACGGCAUGUCCUCGCGGCUACAUGUCGAGAGUCUCACGGUAUACCCCAUCAAGAGCUGUGGCGGCUGGAGGAUUCCCUACGGCACUCCAUGGGACAUACGUCCCGAAGGUCUGGCCUGGGAUCGAGAAUGGUGUCUCGUUAAGCAAGGCAAUGGUGUAGUCUUGAGCCAGAAAGGCCACCCUCGCAUGGCGCUGAUAAGACCACAGCUUGAAUUCGCGGCCGGCUACUUGCGAAUCUCUAUUUCUGGGAGCACACAGCAGAUCACCGUGCCUCUGUCAAAAGACCCAUCCUACUUCGCCACACCAGACUUUCGGGAUUGCAGUGCGAAUGUCUGUGGUGAUACGGUCCAGGCCAGGAUCUACACAUCAAAAGCCAUUGCCGACUUCUUCACCCGAGCAAUCGGAAUACCUUGCACUCUCGCUCGCUUCCCAGCUGCUAGUUCGAGCUCUCCAUCGAUCAGGCACAGCAAGACUCAUCUGCAACAAAUCGGACUGCUGAGCAGCACGCCACGCCCAAUACUUCUUAGCAACGAGUCUCCCAUACUGACGAUCUCGCGAUCCUCACUCAACCGUCUGAACGAAGGCAUCAAGGCAAGCGGCGGCAAGGCAGCACAUCCAGCCGUCUUUCGGGCGAAUAUCGUCCUGGCGGGAAGCCCGAUUCUCCCACCCGGACAGGAGCAGCCUUGGGCUGAAGAUUCGUGGUCGAGCAUGCGAAUCGGAGGCGAAGGAGGAGCGAUGUUUGACCUUCUGGGAGGAUGCAGAAGAUGCCAGAUGGUGUGUAUCGACCAGGAGAGUGGCGAGAAGAACCAGGAGCCGUUUGUCACGCUGGCGAAGACGAGGCGGUUUAACGGGAGGGUGCUUUUUGGUGUGCAUACUGCUUUGGCAAAUGGCGGAAACUCGGGAGGUCUUAGCAUCAAGGCUGGCGAUGAGGUGCAGACUUGGUUGGAGCCAUGA